CCCGACGAGAAUCAGUUUUCAUAGAGCCAGCAACGAGUUCAGUUCAAAUUGUGAAUUCUCUUGUGCGUGAAAUUCUAACGAAUAUUCAAUACCUUACAGAAGAAGAAGAAGAAACAAAAAAAACAUACAUACAUAUUACAUACGAAUAUAUAGAAAAGAAAAGAAAUCACUCAAGUUUUAACGAAUUAUAACGAGUUCUAUUCAACCAUCUUCAUUAAUAGAAAAGUAAUUACAUAUUUUUAUUUGUUGUCAUCAAUUUUGAUAGUUGAGAGUGCGGAGUCAAUGUUUCAGACACACAUUUUCACACGCAGAGAGAGCGAGUGAGUGUGAGGAACAUCGAGAACAAAAUCAUGCGAGAAAGAAAAAAAAAAAUUCUGUUCUGUUGUUGCGAGUGAGAAAGUAAUCGAAAUUGUUUGAAACAGUUGUCGACCUUUGAUUUAGUAUUCUUCAUAGAUUAUUUACAUUUUUCAAGCACCACCGAAAUUAGAAUCAAUUCAAAUUUUCAAUUCAUGUUUUACGUCGAAUCCGCGUGUACAAAUUUAAUGCUCGUGCAUACGGCUGAGAUAUAGACCAGAAGAUAGAGUCAGUAAAAAAAAAACGCUUGUGGUGGUGGUGGUGGUGGUGGUGAACGAGAAUAGAACACACAUCCCAGAAGUGUAUUUAUUCAUAAUCAUGCACAUGUUAAUUGAAAAAAAAAAAAAUCAGUUGGGACAAAUCAACAUUAUCAGAAAAAUAGAUAGAAGAAAAAAAAAACAACAACCCAGUUAUGAAAAUCAGUUGAACAGCGCAAAUACAGCGUAUGUGCUUAUUAACGGUAUUUCGUUUAUAGAAUUCUGUUUCUUUUUUCUGCUUACGAAUCCAAAAGAGAGAUAGAAACAACGCGAAGAAAGGAAGAAACUAAAUAGAAACGGUGAAAAUUUUCUUGUGUUUUCGGUAAUCGUUGGCUUGUUUUUCGCUUUCGAAUGCAUUUCGUUUUCAUCGUUAUUUUUGUUGUUGUUGUUUUGUACUUCGUUUUGUUAUUAACGAGAAAAAAAUUUCGAAUCGGAUGGACUAGGUGGUCGGUACACAUGAAAGACGUUAGUGAGAAAUCGGUGUUGGAACAUUUUCCAAUGGCAUAUAGUUGUUUUCUUUUCUUUGUCCACUUUUUCACACAUUUUCGAUCAUUUCACACAUGUUCUCGUUUCGUGAUAUCAGAUUUCUAAUCGGGUCUAAUUGGUAGUCAUCGUCGUGGUCGAAGAAUAAGCCAGAAUUGGUGUUAGUAUAGCUGAGACGGACAAAAUCGUCAUCAUAUCAUCGACGUCAUUACGGGUGCGAUAAAAGAGAAAAGAAUUUCUUAUUACGUCAUAACUUCGACUUUUGUGUGUGUGUGUGUGUGUGUGUGUGUGUGUGAUGUGUAUACUAUUGUGGAUUGACAUGUGUAUGUGUUAGUGCUAUGUGCAUGUGUUUCAUGUGUCUCUGUUAUGGGCGCUUCAAAUGGAAAAUUGAAAGCGUCCAUACACAUCUCUCUCUCCCUCGUGUUUCACUGGAUGGCUUUUAAAUAGAUUGUUUAUUGAUGUCGGGCCUCUUCUCUUGCUCCUGUGUCUGUGUCUGUGUCUGUAUCAUGGCCUGGCGUAUAUCAUCCCCUUGCGCGAUUCUGUUUAUUUCAGAGUUGUGUCGUUGUUUUUUCUUUCAGAGUUUUAUUUUUGUUUGCAAAAAUUUGCUCAUUGAAAGUGGCAGCAAAUUUCAAAGCCAUUUGUGAUUGUGUCAACAACACAACCACUGCUUGAUAUACGAACUACGACUGAAGUAAGUUUAAAAAUAUGAAAAACUGAGAAGGCAAAUGUCUAACAGCCAAAAUCAUCGAAUUACAUCCCAAAAAAACAAGCACACACUUAUAUGGAUUUUUCCACAAAAACACCAUCAAUUAAGUCUGCCAUCAUUUUCAGUUUCGUUCGUCUCAGUUUACAAUCAUUUUUCAUCGCCCGACACUUUACAACCGAGUUUUAGGAGCCAAAAUUCUGCACUCUGCUCCUUUUGCUCACACAUGGAAAAUUUCGUUGUUUCAUCGCGCAAAAGAAAAUCAUUUCCGUCGUUAACAUUUUGUUCACUUGCUACAUAUAUUUCGAUGCUUAUGCUUCGGUUAUACUUAGAAAAAUAAAAUAAACGUCGUGAAGCCACUAACUACUGUUAAGUUCUUUCGCAACAGCGAACGGAGCAGAAGUAUUCAUUCUAUUGGAGAAUGGAUUGUUGUUGUUGUUGUUGGUCGAGUGUGUGUGUGUGUGUAUAUUUUCGGCAAAGUAUAUAAAGAGAAUCUACGUCGCAAAAAACAAUCGAUGUACGAUAACAACAGGAACAGUUGGUGCGAAAGGAGGUCGGGUCCAUUCAAGGACGAAUAGAAGUUUUACAAUUAUCACAUCUAAUUUUUUGUUGUUGUUUCGUAUUCGGUUCGAUUGCUCAACGGCAAAUUUCGAGUGUGUGAUGCUCGAAAGACGAGUCAGCGGCAAGGGAAUCGGAAAGAUUGUGCGCGAAGCACGAAAAUUCAAUUUUCCAUGAGCUUUUCAUGUUCGACACAUUCGAUUUCUCACUCAUACUCUUGAUUUUUCGUACGAAACGAUGAGAGAUGCGCCAAUUCCUUGCCCGAAAACGGAAACAUCGAGAAACGGCGACGCCAUUGAAUUAGAUUUUCUGCGUUGAUUUCAUUCCGAACGCAUCCAAAGCAUCAAUGUAUGAAUUAUGCUGCGUACGAAGGGCAUUCCAAUUUCAUUUUCUCUCUGUCUGUCUCACACGCACUCACAUUGCCAUGUGACGACUUCAAUGUGUAUCUUAUGGUAAUGUGUACUCAUUACAACGGCAUAUUUGCUUUAGCCAUAGCGACACAUUUCGGCCCAAACGCGACUCAUUUCGAUUCUUUUGUGAAUUGGAUUAGCGAUGGCCAUUCAGGGUUCAAAACCUAUGGUAUGUAGUGCAAAUCAACGUAAAAUGAAUCAGAAAAUAUUCGACCAUAAAAAAACUCGUGAUAAUUUUUCUCUCGUUUCAUUUCAUUCAAAGCUAUAAAAUCCGCUUCGACCUUAACCAAAUUAAAGUCUGUCUCGGAAUUUGGAUCAAAUGAUUAGGAGUUUUUUUUUGGUUUAGUGCUUGUCGGCGGUUUUGUACGGUGAAAAAAAUGUUUUUUCUUUAAUCUGACUGUGGCCGUAAAUUAUCACACUGAAAACUAUGAAGUGCUGACAUGACAGAAUCUCAUCAAAACUUUAAUAUCGUUUCGCCGAACGAAACAAAAAGCGAACAGCGAAAAUUGGUUCGCAAAAUAGCGAACCGAAUUGUGAUUUCAUGCGUAUCGCCAAUUGAUUUUCUAUGCUGGUCGGUUUUUCACUCUCUCCCCCUUUCACUCUGUCCGUCUGUGUCACAUUCCCCUUGGUACAGCGUAGAAGUGCGAGUAUUAUCGGUCAUUUACUUAUUACUUUUGCCUUUGAAACUGCAUCCGAACUGGCAAGAACUUUCUAUGACACACACUCGCCAUAACUUUUUUUCCGCUAAUUUUUCACUCUUUCGCAAUUUGAAAACGACUUUUUUGCGAGAGUGCCUUUGAUGUGUUGAAUUGCAUGGCAUACAAACACACAGAGGGAUGGUGGGAUGUAGCGAAUGGCAAUUCAGGCCAGAAAUACUCCAGCAAACGAUGGAAAAUGAAUAUCAUUUUCGAUGCGCAAUAAAUCCAUAUCAAAAUGAUUUUACCAUUAUCCUUUCUAUCUAUCUUUGCCAGUUCCAUGCCAAAAAUGUUAUUAAUUCCAUUCAGAGAGAUAGAAAAUUAUUAUGUAAGCUAGCGUUCGCUGAUCGACAGACAACAAAGACACAACAGCACAUCACAUUUGCACAAUGACAUGUGGGCGACGAAUCUUUCUCUUCCGAAACAUCGUUGUCGUUGUCUUCGUCGUCGUCGCGCAAUGUGCACUAAGUGGCCCUCUUGAUGUCUCAUACCAUUCAAUUAAAUUCCAGAUGAAGCACCGAACUUUCUCGAAACACACAAUUUCUCUCCGUUUUUCUCUCUGCAGCCAGCCAUUUGCUGCACCACAUUGACCGCCGAAAAGAGAAUCACUUGCGCACCGGUUUUUGUUUUCAGAAAAAACAUCGUGGAAAAAAUACAAUUUCAAAAGCAAAACAUAAAAAUUCGACAAAUUCAAAAUUCAUACCUUUCGCGGAAAUUGCUCAUUUUUACAACUUUAGAUAGUUGCGAGCUCAUACAAUUCAUUCAAUAAUUAAUUGCUUUCGGAAUUUAUGGUUGAGGCACUUCACUGAGCUAUUUGCAAUCUCACAUGACGCACCCAGGAAAAAAAUUUAUUGCUUUUUUAUGAAAACACAAAUUUCUAUUGAACUCGAUUCUAUCGUUGCGAUUGAACCGGAUGCUCUAUAUAAACUGCAAGCGAAAAUGCAUUAAAAUUCUCAUUAAAUUCAUAUUGCAACGACGAAUCGCGCUUGGAAUCGUGUGUCAGAAUGUGCAUCGAAGUAUAAACGAUUACAAAGAUUGCAAAGAGUCUAGAAAAAAUUAGCUAAAAUGAACGGAAAAAGACUAGAAUUGGGUGAAGAAGAAAAAAAAAAGACUUAAAAAAGAAUCGAGAAAAGAGUUGUUAAAUCAUUGAAAAUCAAAAUCAAGUCAUAGAAUUUCGCCUAAUUUCCCAAUUUCUUAACUUCAUUUAUCAAAUCUGGCUUUUUCAUUGUAUUUUCUUGAAUCAUUCUGGAAAAUUGUUUUCUCCAUUAUUAUUUUCUCAAUUUUUCCACUUUUUUUUCUCUAUAUCAUUGUCUCAAUUUGUGAUUCAAUUCACCAGAGAGAGUCUGAGUGAGAGAGAGAGAGAAAGAACGUGCGUGAUAGAAAGAGAAAUGGUUAAUCAAUUUCUAUGUCGACAUGAGAAUAUUUGAUAUUUGAUAAAAACCAGCAGUGCCAUGUAGUUGCUUUAAAAGAACAAUGUCGAAAUUGUCUUGAACCGCACAAAGUGAACGAUAGAAAUAAAAAUAUUUCGACUAAAUGCUAUCCGUAUGCAAAUAUGUUAAGUGAUGGUUCUACAGAGUCACAAAUACGUCGUCAGAAAGACAUGUUUCGCAAAUAAAUGACGAACAACAAAAGAGAAAAAGAAAAAACUCUCUCAAAAGCAAAUAUAGAAUUUGAAGUGGAUAUUUUUGUAUAGCCGAAUGAUUUUAUCCAGAACGUCAAGAGAAUGGAAGAGAUUUAGAUUAUGACAAGAAAAGCAGCCAUUUGUAAAGACAGUAUGUGACAGAAGUCCGUAAUCUGUGAACCGCAUAUUUUCCGCCUUGUGUGUAUGUGUUGCCUCGCUGUACUGUUCGAUACCUGCAAGAUCGCAGAUUCAACGCGAAUUACUCGGCAUCAAAGCAAUUGUGUUUUUUAACAGUUCAGUCUCAUUAAUUGAUUGGAUGCAAUUUUGCAAGCGAAAUAAGUGCAUUUUUCAAUUAUAAUGGAAUUAAUUAUUACUAAUAAAGUGUGGUUUUUUCAUUACAAGAAUGCAGAAUCGAUCGAUUAGAGUGUGUGAUUUGAUAAAUAAAAAAAAAAUGAUUGAUUGCGAUUUUAUUUUCUCAAUGGAGUUUUGGGCCUGACCGAUUCCAACGAACGGCAACGGGGUGCGAAACAGAGACGGAGAAUCAUUUGAGCCAAUGUUCUAAUACGUUAUACAAAUAGAUAAAACCGUUCAUGUGCGCAUUCAUCGUGAUUUGGGAGCGGGCAAAGAAAGAUGUAAACGAAGCAAACGCGAGAGAAGAAUGUCUGGUUAUACGGCUGCAGCUUGUGAGUGGCAGGAAACAAGAGCAAAGUUGUACGAAACUUGUUGAACUUAAGCAAGCCAAAGUUACGUUGAUAACUGAUAAAACUAAACACAAUAACAUCAGAAAAAAAUAUAAACACACACACAAAGAUAAAAUUAGAAAAACAAACACACACACACACACGUACAUACAUAAAGUGAGUCUUCCAUCGAAUGAAUUAAAACAACAGAAAAACUUAUAAAAGAAAAUAAUCCACAAGUGUAUUAUAAUUUUAAUUACAAUUAUAUAAUCGCAUAAAAUUAAGAUAAAAAACAAUAAAAAAACACAAACAUUUCACCAAUAUCAAUCAAUAGUUACAAUAAAAACAAUAAAUUAGAUCCUACAAUCCAACUACGUUACGGUUUAGUUUCUAAAUAGACAUUGAGACAAUAACAGUAGAAACAAUCAUCGUUUGGCUGAACAUCGACGCAUCUAAUUAAAAAAAAAAAAAAAACAAAGAAAAAAAGCAUUAUCUCAUUUGAUCAAAAUUAACUGUUAUUAGUGUUAUUUUGUUCGUACGUUCAAAAGGUGUGUCAGUGUGUGGACUCUUGAAAAAAGAACAAAGUUCUCGAAGGAGUUUGAUUCGCAACGUUGUAAAGUGUGUUGAGAGAAAACCCAGCCGAGCGAGCGAGCGAGCGGAAAAAAAGAGAGGGAAUAAUACGAUGUCACCACCGAAUAAUGGCACAGCUUAUGAUUCGACACCGGAAACGGGCAAUCGAUGCAAUGACACUACGAACCGCAACGAUGAACGAUACGAGCAGCAGCAACAACACCAACGCAAACAACAACUGGACUGGGAAGGUCCGCCAGCUCAAGGACUUUAUGAUCCGGUGAACGAGCACGAAGCAUGCGGUGUCGGUUUCAUUGUUGCCAUUGAUGGAAAACGAAGCCACAAGAUUUUGCGUGAUGCACAAAAAUUAUCGUCUCGCAUGAAUCAUCGUGGUGCGUGCGCAUGUGAUAAUGACACGGGUGACGGUGCUGGCGUUCUCUCGGCCAUCCCCCAUGAACUCUACAAGAAGGAAUGUGCCAAGGAGAAGAUAACGUUACCGGAACCAGGAAAAUAUGCGACUGGAAUUUUGUAUUUGGACGAGACAACACACGGCGAGAUCGAGAAGGAAUUCGAAGCGGUGGCCACAAGCGUUGGAUUAACGGUGUUGGGAUGGCGUACAGUGCCGACAGAUAGUUCGGCUAUUGGCCGUGUUGCGCGCAAAAGUGAACCACUGUCGCGCCAAGUAUUUUUAUGGUCAACCAAUGCUGUGCUCACCGAAGACGAAUUCAUUCGUGCCGUUUUCGUGUUGCGAAAGCGUGCCACCCAUGAGAUCAGCCAUGAAAAGCGACGCUUCUACAUCUGUUCGCUAUCGCAUCGUACCAUUGUUUACAAGGGUCUAUUCACAUCCGAUCAACUGUGGAACUAUUACAUUGAUCUGUUGAAUCCGGAAUUUGAUUCGUAUUUGGCGCUGGUGCACACACGGUUCAGUACAAACACUUUUCCGUCAUGGGAACGUGCGCAUCCGUUGCGGUGUUUGGCUCAUAACGGUGAAAUUAAUACGCUGCGCGGCAAUGUCAAUUUAAUGAAAGCUCGUGAAGGUGUGAUGCAGAGUGCCAAAUAUGGUGAUGAUCUAAAGAAAUUGUUCCCGGUCGUUGAGCCAGGUCUUUCCGAUUCCGGAUCGGCCGAUUGUGUACUGGAAUUCCUAACGAUGGCCGGUGAACGUUCCAUGCCCGAAGCAGUGAUGACAAUGUUCCCGGAAGCCUGGCAAAAUGAUCGAACAAUGCAUCAAGAGAAACGUGACUACUAUCAAUGGGCUGCAUGCGUAAUGGAACCAUGGGAUGGUCCAGCUCUUGUUUCAUUUACCGAUGGACGAUACAUUGGCGCUGUGCUCGAUCGUAAUGGUUUGCGACCAUCACGGUUUUACAUCACCAAAGAUAACAUUUUGGUCAUGGCAUCCGAAGUUGGCGUUUAUGAUGUACAUCCCGAACAUGUGGUGCUCAAGAGCCGCUUAAAACCUGGACGCAUGUUGUUGGUUGACACCCAGGAAAAAAAAUUCAUUCAAGAUGUUGAAUUGAAGUCACACAUUGCCAAAUCCAGACCCCAUUCCGAAUGGUUAAGGGCUAAGAUCACAUUGGAAGACUUGCGACGCCACGAUCUCUUGUCAAGCUACACAACAACCGUAGCAGCCGUAAAUAACAAUAAUGUGAAUGGAAUGGACGAACCACGAGGUAUAUUCGAUCCACGAUUGCCACUUUACAAUUAUACAGCUGAAACGGUGAAUAUGUUGCUUGUACCGAUGAUUAAGAACAAAAAGGAAGCGCUUGGUUCAAUGGGUAACGAUGCACCGUUGGCGUGUUUGUCACGUUUUCAACCUUUACCAUACGAAUAUUUUAAACAACUAUUCGCCCAGGUCACAAAUCCACCAAUCGAUCCUUUCAGAGAAAGGAUUGUUAUGUCAUUGCAAUGUCCAAUUGGACCGGAAGCCAAUUUAUUGCAUCCAUCGGCUGAACAAACGCAUCGUCUGUGGAUUUCGAAUCCGAUUAUCAGCCGCACCGAUUUGGCCAUUUUGAAGCGGACCAACCACAAGGGCUGGAAAUCAAAGGUCAUUGACAUUACGUUCCCGUAUGGUGAAGGAAUUGCUGGCUACGAUCAGGCGCUGACACGAGUUUGCCGUGAAGGACAGGAAGCCGCUGAAAAUAACUAUCAAGUGCUGAUUUUAUCGGAUCGUAAUGCGGGCAAAGAACGUGCACCAUUGUCGGCCCUAUUGGCAUGUGGUGCCCUGCAUCAUCAUUUGAUCGAAACACGAAACCGUAUGCGAGUCGCUUUGGUCAUUGAAACGGCUGAAAUUAGCGAAGUGCAUCAUGUUUGCGUGAUAUUGGGCUAUGGUGCCGAUGCAAUUUGCCCAUAUUUGGCAUUUGAAUUGGCUGGUGCACUGCGCGACGAAGGUGUUCUCGAUCAAUGUAUCACCGAUCAACAAAUUUAUGCAUCGUAUGCACAGGCUAUCGAAACAGGUAUUUCAAAAGUGAUGGCCAAAAUGGGUAUCAGUACAUUGCAAUCGUACAGAGCGGCGCAGAUCUUUGAAAUCGUCGGUUUGGGCACGGAACUGGUUGAUCGAUGCUUCCGCGGUACGCAAUCGCGUAUCGGCGGUGUUACAUUGCAAAUUAUCGCGGCCGAAAAUUUGUAUCGUCAUCAAAUGGCUUAUGCACGAGAGAAACCCGAUCAAUACAUCCUUCGUAAUCCCGGUGUUUACCAUUGGCGUAACGGUGGUGAAGGCCACAUUAAUGCACCCGGCUCAAUUGCUAGCUUGCAAGAAGCGGCCAUCAAUAACAAUAAAAAUGCAUUUGCCCUGUUCCGCGAUCAAACGUUGGCCAGUGUCAAACAGUGCACAUUGAGAGGUCAAUUGGAAUUCGUCGAUGAUCGCGAAAAGAUUGAUAUCAGCGAAGUUGAACCGGCUGCUGAAAUUGUUAAACGUUUCGCUACCGGUGCCAUGAGUUUUGGUAGUAUUUCGCUCGAAGCACACUCCACAUUGGCCAUUUCGAUGAACCGCAUCGGUGGCAAAAGUAACACCGGUGAAGGUGGUGAAAAUCCAGACAGAUACUUGAAUCAAGAUCCACAGAACAACCAACGUUCAGCAAUCAAACAAGUUGCAUCUGGUCGUUUCGGUGUGACUGCAUCCUAUUUGGCAAAUGCCGAUGAUUUGCAAAUCAAAAUGGCGCAAGGUGCCAAGCCAGGUGAAGGUGGUGAAUUGCCCGGAUACAAAGUCACCAAAGACAUUGCUGACACUCGUCAUUCAGUCGCUGGCGUUGGUUUGAUCUCACCACCACCACAUCACGACAUUUACUCGAUUGAAGAUUUGGCCGAAUUGAUCUAUGAUUUGAAGUGUGCCAAUCCAAAUGCUCGCAUCAGCGUUAAAUUGGUAUCCGAAGUCGGAGUUGGUGUCGUUGCUGCUGGUGUUGCAAAAGGAAAAGCCGAACACAUCACUGUGUCUGGUCACGAUGGUGGUACUGGUGCAUCAUCAUGGACUGGUAUCAAAUCGGCCGGUUUGCCAUGGGAGCUUGGUGUGGCUGAAACACAUCAAGUGUUAGUGUUAAAUAAUCUGCGAUCCAGAGUGAUCUUGCAAGCUGAUGGACAGCUACGAACUGGUUUCGAUGUUGUUGUGGCCGCUCUUUUGGGUGCUGAUGAAUUUGGUUUCAGUACUGCACCGCUCAUCGUUAUGGGUUGCACAAUGAUGCGAAAGUGUCACUUGAACACUUGCCCAGUUGGUAUUGCUACGCAAGAUCCGGUAUUGAGAGAGAAAUUUGCCGGCAAACCAGAGCACGUCAUCAACUUCUUCUUCUUGUUGGCUGAAGAUAUCCGUGAAGUCAUGGCCAAUUUGGGUAUUCGCAAAUUCCAAGAUUUGAUUGGUCGCACCGAUUUGCUGCGUGUUAAGAAAGAUUUACCGCAAAAAGAGUCAACACUUGAUUUCUCGUUGAUUCUCAAGAGUGCAUUGGAUUUGCGGCCAGGCACCAACAUUCGCGGUGGUUCGGUCAAACAAGAUUUCGGCUUAGAGACACGUGCCGACAACGUUUUGAUCGCCAAAUCACUUGGUGUGAUCAACGGCAACGAGAAACAUGUUGAUAUCGUUUCGGUUAUCAACAAUGAAGAACGAGCCUACACCAGCACACUCAGCUACACCAUUGCAUGCAAACAUGGUGACAGUCUCCCAGAUGGAAGAACCAUAAAUAUUUCGUUGAAAGGAUCGGCUGGACAAAGUUUCGGUGCAUUUUUGGUUGGCGGCAUUACACUUAAUUUGGAGGGUGAUGCCAACGAUUACGUUGGCAAAGGUUUGUGCGGCGGCACAAUCAUCAUUCAACCACCAAAGGAAUCGACAUUCGAAUCACAUUUGAAUGUUAUUGUUGGCAACGUGUGCUUGUACGGUGCUACAAGUGGAAAGGCAUAUUUCAGAGGCAUCGCCGCUGAACGGUUCUGCGUCCGUAAUUCAGGUGUGACAGCCGUUGUUGAAGGUGUUGGUGACCACGGUUGUGAAUACAUGACUGGCGGUAUAGUUGUGGUUUUGGGUUUGACCGGCAGAAACUUUGCAGCUGGUAUGUCAGGCGGUAUUGCAUACGUUUAUGACACCGAUGGAUCAUUCCGAGGCAAAACAAAUGCCCAAACGGUUGAUUUGUUGUUGUUAGAUCAAGACAAGGACAAGGCAGUCGUGAAGGCAUUGCUUGAAGAGUUCGUUGAGCACACUGGUUCAGUGAUUGCCAAGCAAAUCUUGUCAACCUGGCCAGCCGAAUGCAAACGAUUCGUCAAAGUUUUCCCAUUCGAGUAUCAGCGUGCAUUGAAAGCAAUCGAAGAAGAAAAGGCCCAAAAAUCGCUGGGUAAAUUGAUGAAGCAAAACAGUGCCGUUGCAUUGCCAAACGGCAAAGCCGAGCCAGCAAUUCAAGACAUUGAAGAAUCCAUCCGCGAUGAGAAGCUCACUGGAAAAUUGGCCGAAAAAGUGUUGGACAAAACUCGUGGUUUUAUCAAGUACAAGCGUGAAAAGAGCAUGUACCGCGAUCCAGAAGAGCGUCAAAAAGACUACGAUGAGAUUUACAACUUCAAGCACGUUCGCAAGGGAUUGAAAACUCAAGCGGCUCGUUGCAUGGACUGUGGCAUUCCAUUCUGUCAAUCGAAUGUGCACGGUUGCCCGCUCGGCAACAUCAUUCCAAAAUGGAACGAUCUUAUCUUCCAUGGUUCAUGGAAGGAAGCACUCGACCAAUUGUUGCAAACCAACAAUUUCCCUGAGUUCACCGGUCGCGUGUGCCCGGCACCAUGCGAAGGCUCAUGCGUCCUUGGCAUUUCCGAAUUGCCGGUAACAAUCAAGAACAUCGAAUGCGCAAUCAUUGAUCAUGCAUUUGAACAAGGCUGGAUCACUCCCAAGAUUCCUGAAAUUCGUACCGGUAAAAAGGUAGCAAUCAUUGGUUCAGGACCAUCUGGAUUGGCAGCUGCUGCACAACUCAACAAGGCCGGCCACACCGUUACGGUGUACGAACGCAACGAUCGUGUUGGCGGUCUACUCCAAUACGGCAUUCCAACCAUGAAAUUAUCCAAAGAAGUGGUAAAACGGCGCGUUGAUCUGCUCGCCGCCGAAGGAAUCAUCUUUAAAACGAACACCUUCAUUGGCAAAGAUGUGUCUGCCAACGAUCUGGUUAAGGACAACGAUGCUGUGCUGCUCACUACUGGCGCCACUUGGCCACGUGAUUUGCAAUUGCCAAAACGUGAGCUAAACGGCAUCCACUUUGCAAUGGAAUUCUUGGAGUCCGGACAAAAGAAACAAUUGGGCGGUACCAAAGAGAACAUUUCCGCUACCGGAAAAGAUGUUCUAGUCAUUGGUGGCGGUGACACAGGCUGUGAUUGUAUUGCAACAUCCCUUCGACAAGGUGCCAAGUCGAUUACAUCGUUUGAAAUUUUGCCAACUCCACCGCCAAGCCGAGCUGGUGACAACCCAUGGCCACAAUGGCCAAAAGUGUUCCGUGUUGAUUAUGGACACGACGAAGUCAAAGUCAAAUUUGGCAAAGAUCCUCGCCAAUACAGCACAACGACAAAGGAAUUCGUUGACGAUGGCAACGGUAACAUUAAGGGUGUGAACACCAUUCAAGUCGAAUGGACACAAAGUCCGACCGGGCAAUGGAGUAUGAAAGAAGUGGCUGGCUCCGAAAAAUACUAUGCAGCCGACUUGAUUCUGCUGGCAAUGGGUUUCUUGGGCCCCGAAAAAACCGUUCCAAAUGAGCUUGGUCUUGAGCUCGACGCACGUGGCAAUGUGAAAGCCGUCAAUGGACAAUAUGGAUCAUCCAAACCAGGCAUUUUCGCUGCUGGAGAUUGUCGACGAGGUCAAUCAUUGGUUGUAUGGGCUAUAACCGAAGGACGUCAAGCGGCGCGCCAAGUAGACACAUAUUUGAGUGGAGUGCAGAGCAAGCUGCCGGGGCCAGGUGGUGUCAUUGACUAUUGGUCAGCAGCCGCAUAAACGCCGAUACACAAAUGCACACACACACACACACAAAUACCCACACGCAGUCAAUUCUAUGAAAUAAAAUGAUACAAAACUAAUUGUACACUAUAAAUACGCAGCAGAGUAUUUAUUUUAACCUGAAAAAAGGAGAAAAUCAAUCGCAAAACACACAGAUAUAUAAUAUAUUUUACAAAAGAGAAAAACAACAACAAUAGCAAGAACAGAAAAAAAAAACGAAUUGCGAAGGGAAGAGAUUAUCAGGGAUGAUAAGUUUUACGUGGAAAUUUGGACUUAUAAUUUAGUUUGUGAUAUUUAUGUAAGGAAAACAAAAACAACCCUCUCCCCGCUCUUUUUGUUUAUUUUUUUUUUUUAACAUACAAUAUUUCCAUUCAGUAUAUCAUUAAACUCUCUCUCUCUCUCUCUUCUUCAUAUUAUCAAUUGUACUCUUCUUUUUGAAUUGGUUUUUCUUCCUUUUCCUCCCGUUUGCUCGAUUUUCCCCAUCGCAACAAAGAGCGACCAGAAUUUCGCUGAUUCUGAUCAUGUUCAGAGUAUUCGCAAAUUUCUCAUUUUUAGCUUCUCUAAGAGAGAAGUUCACUUUUGCAUGGGAAUUUAAAUUAAAAUUCGUUUUUAAUUAAACACAACACAACACCACAUCAUUUCAUUUUCGAAAUGUUUAUGCAAAUGGCAACGCAGGCUAGUAAAUUGAAACGAAAAUAAAUAAGAUAUAAUAUAUAACAAGUUGGAAUAUUAUUAGAAAUAUGGCGAGUUCACAUACAAAAACAACAACAAAAAAAAGUAUAAAAAUCUAUCCAAAUAUUAACUAAAAAGAAAA